AUGGUCGUGGACCUGGACGUGGAUAUAGACGUGCACGUGGACGUGGACGUGGAUAUGGACGUGGACAUGGACGUGGAGAUGGACGUGGACAUGGACGUGGACGUGGACGUUGACGUGGACGUGGACAUGGACGUGGACAUGGACGUGGAUGUGGACAUGGACGUGGACAUGGACGUGGACGUGGACGUGGACAUGGACGUGGACGUGGACAUGGACGUGGACAUGGACGUGGACGUGGACAUGGACAUGGACGUGGACGUGGACGUGGACGUAGACGUGGACGUGGACAUGGACGUGGACAUGGACGUGGACCUGGACAUGGACGUGGACGUGGACAUGGACGUGGACGUGGACGUGGAUCUGGUCGUGGACGUGGACCUGGACGUGGACGUGGACGUGGACAUGGACGUGGACGUGGACGUGGACGUGGACAUGGACGUGGACGUGGACGUGGACGUGGACAUGGACAUGGACGUGGACGUGAUCUUGGACGUGGACAUGGACGUGGACCUGGACAUGGACGUGGACGUGGACGUGGACGUGGAUGUGGACGUGGACGUGGACGUGGACGUGGACAUGGACGUGGACGUGGACAUGGACGUGGACAUGGACGUGGACGUGGACGUGGACGUGGACAUGGACGUGGACGUGGACGUGAUCGUGGACGUGGACGUGGACAUGGACGUGAACGUGGACGUGGACAUGGACAUGAACGUGGACGUAGACGUGGACAUUGACGUGGACGUGGACAUGGACGUGGACAUGGACGUGGACGUGGACGUGGACGUGGACAUGGACGUGGACGUGGACGUGGACGUGGACAUGGACGUGGACGUGGACAUGGACGUGGACGUGGACGUGGACAUGGACGUGGAUGUGGACGUGGACAUGGUCGUGGACGUAGACGUGGACAUGGUCGUGGACGUGGACGUGGACGUUGACAUGGACGUGGACAUGGACGUGGACGAGGACGUGGACGUGGAGGACUUGGACAUGGAGAUGGACGUGGACGUGGACGUGGACGUGGAUGUGGACAUGGACGUGGCCGUGGACAUGGACGUGGAUGUGGACGUGGAAGUGGACGUGGACGUGAAAGUGGACGUGGACGUGGACAUGGACGUGGACGUAGACAUGGACAUGGACAUGGACGUAGACGUGGACGUAGACGUGGACAUGGACGUGGACGUGGAUGUGGACAUGGACAUGGACAUGGACGUGGACGUGGACGUGGACGUGGACAUGGACGUGGACGUGGAUAUGGACGUGGAUGACGUGGACGUAGACAUGGACGUGGACGUGGACGUGGACAUGGACGUGGACAUGGACGUGGACGUGGACAUGGACGUGGACAUGGAACUGGACGUGGACGUGGACGUGGACGUGGACAUGGACGUGGACGUGGACGUAGACAUGGACGUGGACAUGGACGUGGACAUGGACGUGGACGUGGACAUGGACAUGGACGUGGACGUGGACAUGGACGUGGACGUGGACGUGGACGUGGACGUGGACGUGGACAUGGACGUGGACAUGGACGUGGACAUGGACGUGGACGUGGACAUGGACGUGGACAUGGACCUGGACGCGGACGUGGACGUGGACGAGGACGUGGACAUGGACGUGGACGUAGACGUGGACGUGGACAUGGACGUGGACGUGGACAUGGACAUGGACGUGGACGUGGACGUGGAGGACUUGGACGUGGACAUGGACGUGGACGUGGACGUGGACGUGGAGGACUUGGACGUGGACAUGGACGUGGACGUGGACGUGGACGUGGACGGUCUCGUGGACGUGGUCGUGGACGUGGACGUGGACGUGGACGUGGACAUGGUCGUGGACAUGGACGUGGACAUGGACAUGGACGUGGACGUGGACGUGGACGUGGACAUGGACGUGGACGUGGACGUGGACGUGGACGUGGACGUGGUCGAGGACGUGGACCUGAACGUGGACCUAGUCGUGGACGUGGUCGUGGACGUGGACGUGGACGUGGACAUGGUCGUGGACAUGGACAUGGACGUGGACGUGGACGUGGACGUGGACGUGGACAGGGACGUGGACAUGGACGUGGACAUGGACGUGGACAUAGACAUGGACGUGGACGUGGACAUGGACGUGGACAUGGACGUGGACGUGGAUGUGGAGGUGGACAUGGACAUGGACAUGGACGUGGACGUGGACGUGGACAUGGACGUGGACAUGGACGUAGACGUGGACAUGGACGUGGACAUGGACGUGGACAAGGAAGUGGACGUGGACAUGGACGUGGACAUGGACGUGGACGUGGACAUGGACAUGGACGUGGACGUGGACGUGGACAUGGACGUGGACGUGGACGUGGACGUCGACGUGGACGUGGACGUGGAUGUGGACGUGGACAUGGUCGUGGACGUGGAUGUUGAUGUGGAUGUGGACGUGGACGUGGUCGUGGACGUGGAAGACUUGGACGUGGACAUGGACGUGGACGUGGACGUGGAUGUGGUCGUGGACAUGGACAUGGUCGUGGACGUGGACGUGGACGUGGACGUGGACGUGGACGUGGACAUGGACGUGGACGUGGACGUGGAUGUGGACGUGGACGUGGACAUGGACGUGGACGUGGACGUGGACAUGGACGUGGACAUGGACGUGGACGUGGACAUGGUCGUGGACGUGGACGUGGACGUGGACGUGGAUGUGGACGUGGACAUGGUCGUGGACGUGGAUGUUGAUGUGGAUGUGGACGUGGACGUGGUCGUGGACGUGGAAGACUUGGACGUGGACAUGGACGUGGACGUGGACGUGGUCGUGGACAUGGACAUGGUCGUGGACGUGGACGUGGACGUGGACGUGGACGUGGACGUGGACAUGGACGUGGACGUGGACGUGGACGUGGACGUGGACGUGGACAUGGACGUGGACGUGGACGUGGACAUGGACGUGGACGUGGACGUGGACAUGGACGUCGACGUGGACGUGGUCGUGGACGUGGACAUGGACAUGGACGUGGACAUGGACGUGGACGUGGACGUGGACGUGGACGUGGACGUGGACAUGGACGUGGACGUGGACAUGGACGUGGACGUGGACGUGGACGUGGACAUGGACGUGGACGUGGACGUAGACGUGGACGUGGACAUGGUCGUGGACGUGGACGUGGACGUGAACGUGGAUGUGGACGUGGACAUGGUCGUGGACGUGGAUGUUGACGUGGAUGUGGACGUGGACGCGGACGUGGUCGUGGAAGACUUGGACGUGGACAUGGACGUGGACAUGGACGUGGACGUGGUCGUGGACAUGGACAUGGUCGUGGACGUGGACGUGGACGUGGACGUGGACGUGGACAUGGACGUGGACGUGGACGUGGACGUGGACAUGGACGUGGACAUGGAUGUGGACGUGGACGUGGACAUGGACGUGGACAUGGACGUGGACAUGGACGUGGACGUGGACAUGGACGUGGACGUGGACGUGGACAUGGACGUGGACGUGGACGUGGACGUAGACGUGGACAUGGACGUGGACGUGGACGUGGACGUGAACAUGGACGUGGACAUGGACGUGGACAUGGUCAUGGUUGUGGACGUGGACGUGGACGUGGUCGUGGACGUGGACGUGGACGUUGACGUGGACAUGGACGUGGACGUGGACAUGGACGUGGACGUGGACGUGGACAUGGACGUGGACGUGGACAUGGACGUGGACGUGGACGUGGACAUGGACGUGGACGUGGACGUGGACAUGGACGUGGACGUGGACAUGGACGUGGACGUGGACGUAGACGUGGACGUGGACGUGGACAUGGACGUGGACGUGGACGUGGACGUGGACUUGGACGUGGACAUGGACGUGGACAUGGUCAUGGACGUGAACGUGGACGUGGACGUGGACGUGGUUGUGGACGUGGACGUGGACGUGGACGUGGUCAUGGACGUGGACGUGGACGUGGACAUGGACGUGGACGUGGACGUGGACGUGGUCGUGGACGUGGACGUGGACGUGGACGUGGACGUGGAGAUGGACAUGGACGUGGACGUGGACAUGGACCUGGACAUGGACGUGGACGUGGACAUGGACGUGGUCGUGGACGUGGACGUGGACGUGGACAUGGACGUGGUCGUGGUCGUGGACGUGGACAUGGACAUGGACGUGGACAUGGACGUGGACAUGGACGUGGACGUGGACGUGGACGUGGACAUGGAUGUGGACAUGGACAUGGACAUGGACGUGGACAUGGACGUGGACGUGGACGUGGACGUGGACAUGGACGUGGACGUGGACAUGGACAUAGACGUGGACGUGGACGUGGACGUGGUCGUGGACGUGGACAUGGUCGGGGACGUGGAUGUGGACGUGGACGUGGACGUGGACAUGGUCGUGGACGUGGAUGUUGACGUGGAUGUGGACGUGGACGUGGUCGUGGACGUGGAAGACUUGGACGUGUACAUGGACGUGGACGUGGACGUGGACGUGGUCGUGGACGUGGACAUGGUCGUGGACGUGGACGUGGACGUGGACGUGGAGAUGGACGUGGUCGUGGACGUGGACGUGGACGUGGACGUGGACAUGGACGUGGACGUGGACGUGGACGUGGUCGUGGAAGUGGACGUGGUCGUGGACGUGGACGUGGUCGUAGACGUGGAUGUGGACGUGGUCGUGGACGUGGACAUGGUCGUGGAAAUGGACGUGGACAUGGACGUGGACGUGGACGUGGACAUGGACGUGGAAGUGGACGUGGACGUGGACGUGGACGUGGACGUGGAAGUGGACGUGGAGGUGGACGUGGACGUUGUCGUGGUCGUGGACGUGGACAUGGUCGUGGACGUGGACGUGGACGUAGACGUGGACAUGGACGUGGACGUGGACGUGGACAUGGACGUGGACGUCGACUUGGACGUGGUCGUGGACGUUGACAUAGACAUAGACGUGGACAUGGACAUGGACAUGGACGUGGACAUGGACGUGGACGUGGACGUGGACAUGGACGUGGACAUGGACGUGGACGUGGAUGUGGACGUGGACGUGGACGUGGACAUGGACGUGGACGUGGACGUGGACGUGGACAUGGACGUGGACGUGGACGUGGACGUGGACAUGGUCGUGGACGUUGACGUGGACGUGGACGUGGACGUGGACGUGGUCGUGGACGUGGAUGUUCCCGUGGAUGUGGACGUGGACGUGGUCGUGGACGUGGAAGACUUAGACGUGGACAUGGACGUGGACGUGGACAUGGACAUGGUCGUGGACGUGGACGUGGAUGUGGACGUGGACGUGGACAUAGACGUGGACGUGGACGUGGACGUGGACGUGGACAUGGACAUGGACAUGGACGUGGACGUGGACGUGGACAUGGACGUGGACGUGGACAUGGACGUGGACGUGGACAUGGACAUGGACAUGGUCGUGGACGUGGACGUGGACAUGGACGUGGACGUGGACAUGGACAUGGACAUGGUCGUGGACUUGGACGUGGACAUGGACGUGGACGUGGACAUGGACAUGGUCGUGGACGUGGACGUGGACAUGGACGUGGACGAGGACAUGGACGUGGACGUGGACAUGGACAUGGACAUGGACGUGGACGUGGACAUGGACGUGGACGUGGACAUGGACAUGGACAUGGACGUGGACGUGGACGUGGACAUGGACGUGGACGUGGACAUGGACGUGGACGUGGACAUGGACAUGGACAUGGUCCUGGACAUGGUCGUGGACCUGGACAUGGACGUGGACAUGGACGUGGACAUGGACGUGGAUAUGGACGUGGACGUGGACGUGGACAUGGACAUGGACGUGGACGUGGACGUGGACGUGGACGUGGGCAUGGACGUGGACGUGCACGUGGACGUGGACAUGGACGUGGACGUGGACUGGACGUGGACCAUGGACGUGGACAUGGACGUGGACGUGGACGUGGACUUGGACGUGGACAUGGACGUGGACGUGGACGUGGACGUGGUCGUGGACGUGGACGUGGACGUGGACGUGGACAUGGACGUGGUCGUGGACGUGGACGUGGACGUGGACGUCGACAUGGACGUGGACGUGGACAUGGACGUGGACGUGGACGUGGACGUGGUCAUGGACGUGGACAUGGACAUGGACGUGGACAUGGACAUGGACAUGGACGUGGACAUGGACGUGGACGUGGACGUGGACAUGGACGUGGACAUGGACGUGGACGUGGAUGUGGACGUGGACAUGGACGUGGACAUGGACGUGGACGUGGACGUGGACAUGGACGUGGACGUGGACGUGGUCGUGGACGUGGACAUGGUCGUGGACGUGGAGGUGGACGUGGAAGUGGACGUGGUCGUGGACGUGGAUGUUGACGUGGAUGUGGACGUGGACGUGGUCGUGGACGUGGAAGACUUGGACGUGGACAUGGACGUGGACGUGGACGUGGACGUGGCUGUGGUCGUGGACGUGGACAUGGUCGUGGACGUGGACGUGGACGUGGACAUGAACGUGGACGUGGACGUGGACGUGGUCGUGGACGUGGACAUGGACAUGGACGUGGACAUGAACAUGGACAUGGACAUAGACAUGGACAUGGACGUGGACGUGGACGUGGACAUGGACGUGGACAUGGACGUGGACGUGGACGUGGACGUGGACAUGGACGUAGACAUGGAUGUGGACGUGGACGUGGACAUGGACGUGGACGUGGACGUCGACGUGGUUGUGGGCGUGGACAUGGUCGUGGACGUGGAGGUGGACGUGGACGUGGACGUGGACGUGGUCGUGGACGUGGACAUGGUCGUAGACGUGGAUGUGGACGUGGACGUGGACAUGGUCGUGGACUUGGACGUGGACGUGGACGUGGACGUGGACGUGGACGUGGACAUGGACGUGGACGUGGACGUGGACAUGGAUGUGGACGUGGACGUGUACAUGGACGUGGACGUGGACAUGGACAUGGACGUGGACGUGGACGUGGACGUGGACGUGGACAUGGUCGUGGAUGUGGACGUGCACGUGGACGUGGACAUGGACGUGGACAUGGAUGUGGAUAUGGACGUGGACGUGGACGUGGACAUGGACAUGGACGUCGUGGACAUGGACGUGGACGUGGACGUGGACGUGGACGGGGACGUGGACGGGGACAUGGACGUGGACGUGGACGUGGACAUGGACGUGGACGUGGACAUUGACGUGGACGUGGCCGUUGACGUGGACGUGGACAUGGACGUGGACGUGGACGUGGACAUGGACAUGGACGUAGACGUGGACGUGGACGUGGACAUGGACGUGGACGUGGACGUGGACGUGGACAUGGACGUGGACAUGGACGUGGACGUGGACAUAGACGUGGACGUGGACAUGGACGUGGACGUGGAUGUGGACGUAGAUUUGGACGUGGACUUGGACGUGGACAUGGUCAUGGACAUGGACGUGGACGUGGACGUGGACAUGGUCGUGGACGUGGACGUGGACGUGGACGUGGACGUGGACAUGGACGUGGACGUGGACAUGGACGUGGACGUGGACGUGGACGUGGACGUGGACGUGGACGUGGACAUGGACGUGGACAUGGACGUGGACGUGGACGUGGACGUGGACAUGAACGUCGACGUGGACGUGGUCGUGGACAUGGACGUGGACAUGGACGUGGACAUGGACGUGGACGUGGACGUGGACGUGGACGUGGACAUGGACAUGGACGUGGACGUGGACAUGGACGUGGACGUGGACGUGGACGUGGACAUGGACGUGGACAUGGACGUGGACAUGGACGUGGACGUGGACAUGGACGUGGACGUGGACGUGGACAUGGACGUGGACGUGGACGUGGACGUGGACGUGGACAUGGACAUGGACGUGGUCGUGGACGUGAACAUGGACGUGGACAUGGACGUGGACAUGGUCAUGGACGUGGACGUGGACGUGGUCGUGGACGUGGACGUGGACGUGGACGUGGACGUGGACGUGGACGUGGACAUGGACGUGGACGUGGACGUGGACGUGAACAUAGACGUGGACAUGGACGUGGACAUGGUCAUGGACGUGGACGUGGACGUGGACGUGGUCGUGGACGUGGACGUGGACGUGGACGUGGACGUGGAUGUGGACGUGGACAUGGACGUGGACGUGGACAUGGACGUGGACGUGGACGUGGACGUGGACGUGGACGUGGACAUGGACGUGGACGUGGACGUGGACGUGGACAUGGACGUGGACAUGGAUGUGGAUAUGGACGUGGACGUGGACGUGGACAUGGACAUGGACGUCGUGGACAUGGACGUGGACGUGGACGUGGACGGGGACGUGGACGGGGACAUGGACGUGGACGUGGACGUGGACGUGGACGUGGACAUGGACGUGGACGUGGACAUUGACGUGGACGUGGCUGUGGACGUGGACGUGGACGUGGACAUGGACGUGGACGUGGACGUCGACGUGGACAUGGACGUGGACGUGGACGUCGACGUGGACAUGGACGUGGACGUGGACGUGGACGUGGACAUAGACGUGGACGUGGACAUGGACGUGGACGUGGAUGUGGACGUGGACUUGGACGUGGACUUGGACGUGGACAUGGUCAUGGACAUGGACGUGGACGUGGACGUGGACAUGGUCGUGGACGUGGACGUGGACGUGGACGUGGACAUGGACGUGGACGUGGACAUGGACGUGGACGUGGACGUGGACGUGGACGUGGACGUGGACAUGGACGUGGACAUGGACGUGGACGUGGACGUGGACGUGGACAUGGACGUGGACGUGGACGUCGACGUGGACGUGGACGUGGACAUGGACGUGGACGUGGACGUGGACGUGGACGUGGACAUGGACGUGGACGUGGACAUGGACGUGGACGUGGACGUGGACGUGGACGUGGACAUGGACGUGGAUAUGGACGUGGACGUGGACGUGGACGUGGACGUGGACGUGGACGUGGACGUGGACAUGGACGUGGACGUGGACGUGGACGUGAACAUGGACGUGAACAUGGACGUGGACAUGGACGUGGACGUGGACGUGGACGUGGUCGUGGACGUGGUCGUGGACGUGGACUUGGACGUGGACGUGGACGUGGAUGUGGACGUGGACAUGGACGUGGACGUGGAUGUGGACGUGGAUGUGGACGUGGACGUGGACGUGGACGUGGACACGGACGUGGACGUGGACGUGGACAUAGACGUGGACGUGGACGUGGACGUGGACGUGGACGUGGACUUGGACGUGGACUUGGACUUGGACGUGGUCAUAGACAUGGACGUGGACGUGGACGUGGACAUGGUCGUGGACGUGGACGUGGACGUGGACGUGGACGUGGAUAUGGACGUGGACGUGGACAUGGACAUGGACGUGGACGUGGACGUGGACGUGGACAUGGACGUGGACAUGGACGUGGACGUGGACGUGGACAUGGACGUCGACGUGGACGUGGUCGUGGACGUGGACGUGGACAUGGACGUGGACGUGGACGUGGACGUGGACGUGGACGUGGACAUGGACGUGGACGUGGACAUGGACGUGGACGUGGACGUGGACGUGGACAUGGACGUGGACAUGGACGUGGACAUGGACGUGGACGUGGACAUGGACGUGGACGUGGACGUGGACAUGGACGUGGACGUGGACGUGGACGUGGACAUGGACGUGGACGUGGACGUGGACGUGAACAUGGACGUGGACAUGGACGUGGACAUGGUCAUGGAGGUGGACGUGGACGUGGACGUGGUCGUGGACGUGGACUUGGACGUGGACGUGGACGUGGAUGUGGACGUAGACAUGGACGUGGACGUGGACAUGGACGUAGACGUGGACGUGGACGUGGACGUGGACAUGGACGUGGACGUGGACGUGGACGUGAACAUGGACGUGGACAUGGACGUGGACAUGGUCAUGGACGUGGACGUGGACGUGGACGUGGACGUGGACAUGGUCGUGGACGUGGACGUGGACGUGGAUGUGGACGUGGACAUGGUCGUGGACGUGGAUGUUGACGUGGAUGUGGACGUGGACGUGGUCGUGGACGUGGAAGACUUGGACGUGGACAUGGACGUGGACGUGGACGUGGACGUGGUCGUGGACAUGGACAUGGUCGUGGACAUGGACGUGGACGUGGACGUAGACGUGGACGUGGACGUGGACAUGGACGUGGACGUGGACGUGGACGUGGACGUGGACAUGGACGUGGACGUGGACGUGGACGUGGAUGUGGACGUGGACAUGGACGUGGACGUGGACAUGGACGUGGACGUGGACGUGGACGUGGACAUGGACGUGGACGUGGACGUGGACGUGGACAUGGACGUGGACAUGGACAUGGAUGUGGAUAUGGACGUGGACGUGGACGUGGACAUGGACAUGGACGUCGUGGACAUGGACGUGGACGUGGACGUGGACGGGGACGUGGACGGGGACAUGGACGUGGACGUGGACGUGGACGUGGACGUGGACAUGGACGUAGACGUGGACAUUGACGUGGACGUGGCCGUGGACGUGGACGUGGACAUGGACAUGGACGUGGACGUGGACGUGGACGUGGACAUGGACGUGGACGUGGACGUGGACAUGGACGUGGACGUGGACGUGGACGUGGACAUGGACGUGGACGUGGACGUGGACGUGGACAUAGACGUGGACGUGGACAUGGACGUGGACGUGGAUGUGGACGUGGACUUGGACGUGGACUUGGACGUAGACAUGGUCAUCGACAUGGACGUGGACGUGGACGUGGACAUGGUCGUGGACGUGGACGUGGACGUGGACGUGGACAUGGACGUGGACGUGGACAUGGACGUGGACGUGGACGUGGACGUGGACGUGGACGUGGACAUGGACGUGGACAUGGACGUGGACGUGGACGUGGACGUGGACAUGGACGUCGACGUGGACGUGGUCGUGGACGUGGACGUGGACAUGGACGUGGACAUGGACGUGGACGUGGACGUGGACGUGGACGUGGACGUGGACGUGGACAUGGAGGUGGACGUGGACGUGGACGUGGACAUGGACGUGGACAUGGACGUGGACAUGGACGUGGACGUGGACAUGGACGUGGACGUGGACAUGGACGUGGACGUGGACGUGGACGUGGACAUGGACGUGGUCGUGGACGUGAACAUGGACGUGGACGUGGACGUGGACAUGGUCAUGGACGUGGACGUGGACGUGGACGUGGACGUGGACGUGGACGUGGACGUGGACGUGGACAUGGACGUGGACGUGGACGUGGACGUGGACGUGGACGUGGAUGUGGACGUGGACGUGGACGUGGACGUGGACGUGGACGUGGACAUAGACGUGGACGUGGACAUGGACGUGGACGUGGAUGUGGACGUGGACUUGGACGUGGACUUGGACGUGGACAUGGUCAUGGACAUGGACGUGGACGUGGACGUGGACAUGGUCGUGGACGUGGACGUGGACGUGGACGUGGACAUGGACGUGGACGUGGACGUGGACGUGGACGUGGACAUAGACGUGGACAUGGACGUGGACGUGGACGUGGACAUGGACGUCGACGUGGACGUGGUCGUGGACGUGGACGUGGACAUAGACGUGGACAUGGACGUGGACGUGGACGUGGACGUGGACGUGGACAUGGACGUGGACGUGGACAUGGACGUGGACGUGGACGUGGACAUGGACGUGGACGUGGUCGUGGACGUGGACGUGGACAUUGACGUGGACAUGGACGUGGACGUGGACGUGAACGUGGACGUGGACAUGGACGUGGACGUGGACAUGGACGUGGACGUGGACGUGGACGUGGACAUAGACGUGGACAUGGACGUGGACGUGGACGUGGACAUGGACGUCGACGUGGACGUGGUCGUGGACGUGGACGUGGACAUAGACGUGGACAUGGACGUGGACGUGGACGUGGACGUGGACGUGGACAUGGACGUGGACGUGGACAUGGACGUGGACGUGGACGUGGACAUGGACGUGGACAUGGACGUGGACAUGGACGUGGACGUGGACAUGGACGUGGACGUGGACAUGGACGUGGACGUGGACGUGGACGUGGACGUGGACAUGGACGUGGACGUGGACGUGGACGUGAACAUGGACGUGGACAUGGACGUGGACAUGGUCAUGGACGUGGACGUGGACGUGGACGUGGUCGUGGACGUGGACGUGGACGUGGAUGUGGACGUGGACAUGGACGUGGACGUGGACAUGGACGUGGACGUGGACGUGGACGUGGACAUGGACGUGGACGUGGACGUGGACGUGAACAUGGACGUGGACAUGGACGUGGACAUGGUCAUGGACGUGGACGUGGACGUGGACAUGGUCGUGGACGUGGACGUGGACGUGGACGUGGAUGUGGACGUGGACAUGGUCGUGGACGUGGAUGUUGACGUGGAUGUGGACGUGGACGUGGUUGUGGACGUGGAAGACUUGGACGUGGACAUGGACGUGGACGUGGACGUGGACGUGGUCGUGGACAUGGACAUGGUCGUGGACGUAGACGUGGACGUGGACGUGGACGUGGACGUGGACAUGGACGUGGACGUGGACGUGGACGUGGACGUGGACGUGGACAUGGACGUGGACGUGGACGUGGACAUGGACGUGGACGUGGACAUGGACGUCGACGUGGACGUGGUCCUGGACGUGGACGUGGACAUGGACGUGGACAUGGACGUGGACGUGGACGUGGACGUGGACGUGGACGUGGACAUGGACGUGGACGUGGACAUGGACGUGGACGUGGACGUCGACGUGGACAUGGAUGUGGACGUGGACGUGGACGUGGACGUGGACAUGGUCCUGGACGUGGACGUGGACGUGGACGUGGAUGUGGACGUAGACAUGGUUGUGGACGUGGAUGUUGACGUGGAUGUGGACGUGGACGUGGUCGUGGACGUGGAAGACUUGGACGUGGAGAUGGACGUGGACGUGGACGUGGUCGUGGACAUGGACAUGGUCGUGGACGUGGACGUGGACGUGGACGUGGACAUGGACGUGGACGUGGACGUGGACGUGGACGUUGACGUGGACAUGGACGUGGACGUGGACGUGGACAUGGACGUGGACAUGGACGUGGACAUGGACGUGGACGUGGACAUGGACGUGGACGUGGAUGUGGACAUGGACGUGGACGUGGACGUGGACGUGGACAUGGACGUGGACGUGGACGUGGACGUGAACAUGGACGUGGACAUGGACGUGGACAUGGUCAUGGACGUGGACGUGGACGUGGUCGUGGACGUGGACGUGGACGUGGACGUGGACCUGGACGUGGACGUGGACAUGGACGUGGACGUGGACGUGGACAUGGACGUGGACGUGGACGUGGACGUGGACGUGGACAUGGACGUGGACGUGGACGUGGACGUGGACAUGGACGUGGACGUGGACGUGGACGUGGACGUGGACAUGGACGUGGACGUGGACGUGGACGUGGACGUGGACGUGGACGUGGACGUGGUUGUGGACGUGGACGUGGACGUGGACGUGGUCAUGGACAUGGACGUGGACGUGGACAUGGACGUGGACGUGGACGUGGACGUGGUCAUGGAUGUGGACGUGGACGUGGACGUGGACGUGGAUGUGGACGUGGACGUGGAGAUGGACAUGGACGUGGACGUGGACAUGGACGUGGACAUGGACGUGGACGUGGACAUGGACGUGGUCGUGGACGUGGACGUGGACGUGGACAUGGACGUGGUCGUGGUCGUGGACGUGGACAUGGACAUGGACGUGGACAUGGACGUGGACAUGGACGUGGACGUGGACGUGGACGUGGACAUGGAUGUGGACAUGGACAUGGACAUGGACGUGGACAUGGACGUGGACGUGGACGUGGACGUGGACGUGGACAUGGACGUGGACGUGGACAUGGACAUAGACGUGGACGUGGACGUGGACGUGGUCGUGGACGUGGACAUGGUUGGGGACGUGGAUGUGGACGUGGACGUGGACGUGGACGUGGACAUGGUCGUGGACGUGGAUGUUGACGUGGAUGUGGACGUGGACGUGGUCGUGGACGUGGAAGACUUGGACGUGUACAUGGACGUGGACGUGGACGUGGUCGUGGACGUGGACAUGGUCGUGGACGUGGACGUGGACGUGGAGAUGGACGUGGUCGUGGACGUGGACGUGGACGUGGACGUGGACGUGGACGUGGACAUGGACGUGGACGUGGACGUGGACGUGGUCGUGGAAGUGGACGUGGUCGUGGACGUGGACGUGGUCGUGGACGUGGAUGUGGACGUGGUCGUGGACGUGGACAUGGUCGUGGAAAUGGACGUGGACGUGGACGUGGACGUGGACGUGGACGUGGACAUGGACGUGGAAGUGGACGUGGACGUGGACGUGGGCGUGGAAGUGGACGUGGAGGUGGACGUGGACGUUGUCGUGGACGUGGACGUGGACAUGGACGUGGACGUGGAUGUGGACGUGGACGUGGACGUGGACAUGGACGUGGACGUGGACGUGGACGUGGACAUGGACGUGGACGUGGACGUGGUCGUGGACGUGGACAUGGUCGUGGACGUUGAGGUGGACGUGGACGUGGACGUGGACGUGGUCGUGGACGUGGAUGUUCACGUGGAUGUGGACGUGGACGUGGUCGUGGACGUGGAAGACUUGGACGUGGACAUGGACGUGGACGUGGACGUGGACGUGGUCGUGGACGUGGACAUGGUCGUGGACGUGGACGUAGAUGUGGACGUGGACGUGGACAUAGACGUGGACGUGGACGUGGACGUGGACGUGGACAUGGACAUGGACGUGGACGUGGAUGUGGACAUGGACGUGGACUUGGUCGUGGACAUGGUCGUGGACGUGGACAUGGACGUGGACAUGGACGUGGACAUGGACGUGGAUAUGGACGUGGACGUGGACGUGGACAUGGACAUGGACGUGGACGUGGACGUGGACGUGGGCAUGGACGUGGACGUGCACGUGGACGUGGACAUGGACGUGGACGUGGACUGGACGUGGACAUGGACGUGGACGUGGACGUGGACGUGGACGUGGACGUGGACAUGGAGCAUGGACGUGGACAUGGACGUGGACGUGGACGUGGACUUGGACAUGGACAUGGACGUGGACGUGGACGUGGUCGUGGACGUGGACGUGGACGUGGACAUGGACGAGGUCGUGGACGUGGACGUGGACGUGGACGUGGACGUCGACAUGGACGUGGACGUGGACAUGGACGUGGACGUGGACGUGGUCAUGGACGUGGACAUGGACAUGGACGUGGACAUGGACAUGGACAUGGACGUGGACAUGGACGUGGACGUGGACGUGGACAUGGACGUGGACAUGGACGUGGACGUGGAUGUGGACGUGGACAUGGACGUGGACAUGGACGUGGACGUGGACGUGGACAUGGACGUGGACGUGGACGUGGACGUGGUCGUGGACGUGGACAUGGUCGUGGACGUGGAGGUGGACGUGGACGUGGACGUGGACCUGGACGUGGUCGUGGACGUGGAUGUUGACGUGGAUGUGGACGUGGUCGUGGACGUGGAAGACUUGGACGUGGACAUGGACGUGGACGUGGACGUGGACGUGGCUGUGGUCGUGGACGUGGAGAUGGUCGUGGACGUGGACGUGGACGUGGACAUGAAUGUGGACGUGGACGUGGACGUGGUCGUCGACGUGGACAUGGACAUGGACGUGGACAUGAACAUGGACAUGGACAUGGACGUGGACAUGGACGUGGACGUGGACGUGGACAUGGACGUGGACAUGGACGUGGACGUGGACGUGGAGGUGGACGUGGACAUGGACGUGGACAUGGAUGUGGACGUGGACGUGGACAUGGACGUGGACGUGGACGUCGACGUGGUCGUGGGCGUGGACAUGGUCGUGGACGUGGAGGUGGACGUGGACGUGGACGUGGACGUGGACGUGGUCGUGGACGUGGACAUGGUCGUGGACGUGGACGUGGACGUGGACGUGGACGUGGGCAUGGUCGUGGACUUGGACGUGGACGUGGACGUGGACGUGGACGUGGACGUGGACAUGGACGUGGACGUGGACGUGGACGUGGACAUGGACGUGGACGUGGACGUGUACAUGGACGUGGACGUGGACGUGGACGUGGACAUGGACAUGGACGUGGACGUGGACGUGGACGUGGACGUAGACAUGGUCGUGGACAUGGAUGUGGAUAUGGACGUGGACAUGGACGUGGACUUGGACAUGGACGUGGACAUGGAUGUGGAUAUGGACGUGGACGUGGACGUGGACAUGGACAUGGACGUCGUGGACAUGGACGUGGACGUGGACGUGGACGGGGACGUGGACGGGGACAUGGACGUGGACGUGGACGUGGACGUGGACAUGGACGUGGACGUGGACAUUGACGUGGACGUGGCCGUGGACGUGGACGUGGACGUGGACAUGGACGUGGACGUGGACGUGGACGUGGACAUGGACGUGGACGUGGACGUGGACGUGGAUAUGGACGUGGACGUGGACGUGGACGUGGACAUGGACGUGGACGUGGACGUGGACGUGGACAUGGACGUGGACGUGGACGUGGACGUGGACAUAGACGUGGACGUGGACAUGGACGUGGACGUGGAUGUGGACGUGGACUUGGACGUGGACUUCGACGUGGACAUGGUCAUGGACAUGGACGUGGACGUGGACGUGGACAUGGUCGUGGACGUGGACGUGGACGUGGACGUGGACGUGGUCGUGGACGUGGACAUGAAUGUGGACGUGGACGUGGACGUGGUCGUCGACGUAGACAUGGACAUGGACGUGGACAUGAACAUGGACAUGGACAUGGACGUGGACAUGGACGUGGACGUGGACGUGGACAUGGACGUGGACAUGGACGUGGACGUGGACGUGGAGGUGGACGUGGACAUGGACGUGGACAUGGAUGUGGACGUGGACGUGGACAUGGACGUGGACGUGGACGUCGACGUGGUCGUGGGCGUGGACAUGGUCGUGGACGUGGAGGUGGACGUGGACGUGGACGUGGACGUGGACGUGGUCGUGGACGUGGACAUGGUCGUGGACGUGGACGUGGACGUGGACGUGGGCAUGGUCGUGGACUUGGACGUGGACGUGGACGUGGACGUGGACGUGGACGUGGACAUGGACGUGGACGUGGACGUGGACGUGGACAUGGACGUGGACGUGGACGUGUACAUGGACGUGGACGUGGACGUGGACGUGGACAUGGACAUGGACGUGGACGUGGACGUGGACGUGGACGUAGACAUGGUCGUGGACAUGGAUGUGGAUAUGGACGUGGACAUGGACGUGGACUUGGACAUGGACGUGGACAUGGAUGUGGAUAUGGACGUGGACGUGGACGUGGACAUGGACAUGGACGUCGUGGACAUGGACGUGGACGUGGACGUGGACGGGGACGUGGACGGGGACAUGGACGUGGACGUGGACGUGGACGUGGACGUGGACAUGGACGUGGACGUGGACAUUGACGUGGACGUGGCCGUGGACGUGGACGUGGACGUGAUCAUGGACGUGGACGUGGACGUGGACAUGGACGUGGACGUGGACGUGGACGUGGAUAUGGACGUGGACGUGGACGUGGACGUGGACAUGGACGUGGACGUGGACGUGGACGUGGACAUGGACGUGGACGUGGACGUGGACGUGGACAUAGACGUGGACGUGGACAUGGACGUGGACGUGGAUGUGGACGUGGACUUGGACGUGGACUUGGACGUGGACAUGGUCAUGGACAUGGACGUGGACGUGGACGUGGACAUGGUCGUGGACGUGGACGUGGACGUGGACGUGGACGUGGACAUGGACGUGGACGUGGACAUGGACGUGGACGUGGACGUGGACGUGGACGUGGACAUGGACGUGGACGUGGACGUGGACGUGGACAUGGACGUGGACGUGGACGUGGUCGUGGACGUGGACGUGGACAUGGACGUGGACAUGGACGUGGACGUGUACGUGGACGUGGACGUGGACGUGGACAUGGACGUCGACGUGGACAUGGACGUGGACGUGGACGUGGACAUGGACGUGGACAUGGACGUGGACAUGGACGUGGACGUGGACAUGGACGUGGACGUGGACGUGGACAUGGACGUGGACGUGGACGUGGACGUGGACAUGGACGUGGACGUGGACGUGAACAUGGACGUAGACAUGGACGUGGACAUGGUCAUGGACGUGGACGUGGACGUGGACGUGGUCGUGGACGUGGACGUGGACGUGGACAUGGACGUGGACGAGGACAUGGACGUGGACGUGGACGUGGACGUGGACGUGGACAUGGACGUGGAUGUGGACGUGGACAUGGACGUGGACGUGGACAUGGACGUGGACGUAGACGUGGACGUGAACGUGGACAUGGACGUGGACGUGGACGUGGACGUGGACUUGGACGUGGACAUGGACGUGGACAUGGUCAUGGACGUGGACGUGGACAUGGACGUGGACCUGGACGUGGUCGUGGACGUGGACGUGGACGUGGACGUGGUCAUGGACGUGGACGUGGACGUGGACGUGGACAUGGACGUGGACGUGGACGUGGACGUGGACGUGGUCGUGGACGUGGACGUGGACGUGGACGUGGACGUGGAGAUGGACAUGACGUGGACGUGGACAUGGACGUGGACAUGGACUGGACGUGGACGUGGACAUGGAUACGUGGACGUGGAUGUGGACGUGGACAUCGACGUGGACGUGGACGUGGACGUGGACGUGGACGUGGACGUAGACAUGGACGUGGACGUGGACAUGGACGUGGACAUGGACCUGGACAUGGACCUGGACGUGGACGUGGACGUGGACAUGGACGUGGACAUGGACGUGGACGUGGACAUGGACGUGGACAUGGACGUGGACAUGGACGAGGACGUGGACAUGGACGUGGACGUGGACGUGGACGUGGACGUGGACAUGGACGUGGACAUGGUCGUGGACGUGGACGUGGACGUGGACGUGGUCGUGGAGGUGGUCGUGGAUGUGGAGGUGGUCGUGGACGUGGACAUGGACGUGGACGUGGUCGUGGACAUGGACGUGGUUGUGGACAUGGACAUGGACGUGGACGUGGACGUGGACGUGGACAUGGACGUGGACAUGGUCGUGGACGUGGACGUGGACGUGGACGUGGUCGUGGACGUGGACGUGGACGUGGACGUGGAUGUGGUCGUGGACGUGGACGUGGACGUGGUCGUGGACGUGGACGUGGUCGUGGACGUGGAUGUGGACGUGGACGUGGACGUGGACGUGGUCGUGGACGUGGAUGUGGAGGUGGAUGUGGACGUGGACGUGGACGUGGUCGUGGACGUGGACGUGGACGUGGACGUGGACAUGGACGUGGACGUGGACGUGGUCGUGGACGUGGACAUGGUCGUGGACGUGGACGUGAACGUGGACAUGGACGUGGACAUGGACGUGGACCUGGACGUGGAUGUGGACAUGGACGUAGACGUAGACGUGGACGUGGUCGUGGACAUGGACGUGGUUGUGGACGUGGAUGUGGACGUGGACGUGGACGUGGACGUGGACAUGGUCGUGGAAGUGGAUGUUUACGUGGAUGUGGACGUGGAUGUGGACGUGGACGUGGACCUGGACGUGGACAUGGACGUGGAAGUGGACGUGGACGUGGACGUGGACGUGGACAUGGACGUGGACGUGGACAUAGACGUGGACGUGGACGUGGACGUGGACAUGGACGUGGACGUGGACGUGGACAUGGACAUGGACGUGGACGUGGACAUGGACGUGGACGUGGACGUGGAAGUGGACAUGGACGUGGACGUGGACGUGGACGUGGACAUAGACAUGGACGUGGACGUGGACAUGGACGUGGACAUGGACGGAGACAUGGACGUGGACGUGGACAUGGACGCGGACGUGGACGUGGACAUGGACGUGGACGUGGACCUGGACGUGGACGUGGACAUGGACGUGGACGUAGACGUAGACGUGGACAUGGACGUGGACAUGGACGUGGACAUGGACGUGGACAUGGACGUGGACAUGGACGUGGACGUGGACAUGGACGUGGACAUGGACGUGGACAUGGACGUGGACGUAGACAUGGACGUGGACAUGGACGUGGACGUGGACCUGGACGUGGACGUGGACCUGGACGUGGACAUGGACGUGGACGUGGACGUGGACGUGGACAUGGACGUGGACGUGGACGUGGACGUGGACGUGGACGUGGACGUGGACAUGGACGUGGACGUGGACAUGGACGUGGACAUGGACCUGGACAUCGACCUGGACGUGGACGUGGACGUGGACAUGGACGUGGACAUGGACGUGGCCGUGGACGUGGACAUGGGCGUGGACAUGGACGUGGACAUGGACGUGGACAUGGACGUGGACAUGGACGUGGACAUGGACGUGGACGUGGACAUGGACGUGGACGUGGACGUAGACGUGGACGUGGACGUGGACGUGGACAUGGACGUGGACAUGGUCGUGGACGUGGACGUGGACGUGGACGUGGACGUGGUCUUGGAGGUGGUCGUGGACGUGGAGGUGGUCGUGGACGUGGACAUGGACGUGGACGUGGUCGUGGACAUGGACGUGGUCGUGGACAUGGACAUGGACAUGGACGUGGACGUGGACGUGGAGAUGGACGUGGACAUGGUCGUGGACGUGGACGUGGACGUGGACGUGGUCGUGGACGUGGUCGUGGACGUGGACGUGGACGUGGACGUGGUCGUGGACGUGGACGUGGACGUGGACGUGGACGUGGUCGUGGACGUGGACGUGGACGUGGACGUGGACGUGGUCGUGGACGUGGAUGUGGACGUGGACGUGGACGUGGACAUGGACGUGGACAUGGACGUGGACGUGGACGUGGACAUGGGCGUGGACAUGGACGUGGACAUGGACGUGGACAUGGACGUGGACAUGGACGUGGACAUGGACGUGGACGUGGACAUGGACGUGGACGUGGACGUAGACGUGGACGUGGACGUGGACGUGGACAUGGAUGUGGACAUGGUCGUGGACGUGGACGUGGACGUGGACGUGGACGUGGUCGUGGACGUGGACGUGGUCGUGGACGUGGACGUGGACGUGGUCUUGGAGGUGGUCGUGGACGUGGAGGUGGUCGUGGACGUGGACAUGGACGUGGACGUGGUCGUGGACAUGGACGUGGUCGUGGACAUGGACAUGGACGUGGACGUGGACGUGGACAUGGACGUGGACAUGGUCGUGGACGUGGACGUGGACGUGGACGUGGUCGUGGACGUGGACGUGGUCGUGGACGUGGACGUGGUCGUGGACGUGGACGUGGACGUGGUCGUGGACGUGGACGUGGUCGUGGACGUGGAUGUGGACGUGGACGUGGACGUGGACGUGGUCGUGGACGUGGAUGUGGACGUGGACGUGGACGUGGACGUGGUCGUGGACGUGGACGUGGACGUGGACGUGGUCGUGGACGUGGACGUGGACGUGGACGUGGACAUGGACGUGGACGUGGUCGUGGACGUGGACAUGGUCGUGGACGUGGACGUGAACGUGGACAUGGACGUGGACGUGGACAUGGACGUGGACGUAGACGUGGUCGUGGACGUGGACGUGGUUGUGGACGUGGAUGUGGACGUGGACGUGGACGUCGACAUGGUCGUGGAAGUGGAUGUUUACGUGGAUGUGGACGUGGAUGUGGACGUGGACGUGGACGUGGACGUGGACAUGGACGUUGAAGUGGACGUGGACGUGGACGUGGACGUGGACAUGGACGUGGACGUGGACAUAGAUGUGGACGUGGACGUGGACGUGGACAUGGACGUGGACGUGGACGUGGACGUGGACGUGGACAUGGACGUGGACGUGGACAUGGACGUGGACGUGGACGUGGACGUGGACAUGGACGUGGACGUGGACGUGGACAUAGACGUGGACGUGGACGUGGACAUGGACGUGGACAUGGACAUGGACGUGGACAUGGACGUGGACAUGGACGUGGACAUGGACAUAGACGUGGACAUGGACGUGGACAUGGACAUGGACGUGGACAUGGACGUGGACAUGGACAUGGACGUGGACGUGGACAUGGUCGUGGACGUGGACGUGAACGUGGACCUGGACGUGGACGUGGACAUGGACGUGGACGUAGACGUGGACGUGGUCGUGGACGUGGACGUGGUUGUAGACGUGGAUGUGGACGUGGACGUGGACGUGGACGUGGACAUGGUCGUGGAAGUGGAUGUUUACGUGGAUGUAGACGUGGAAAUGGACGUGGACGUGGACGUGGACGUGGAUAUGGACGUGGAAGUGGACGUGGACGUGGACGUGGACGUGGACAUGGACGUGGACGUGGACAUAGACGUGGACGUGGACGUGGACGUGGACAUGGACGUGCACGUGGACGUGGACGUGGACGUGGACAUGGACGUGGACGUGGACAUGGACGUGGACGUGGACGUGGACGUGGACAUGGACGUGGACGUGGACGUGGACGUGGACAUAGACGUGGACGUGGACGUGGACAUGGACGUGGACAUGGACGUGGACAUGGACGUGGACGUGGACAGGGACGUGGACGUGGACGUGGACAUGGACGUGGACGUGGACCUGGACGUGGACGUGGACAUGGACGUGGACGUAGACGUAGACGUGGACAUGGACGUGGACAUGGACGUGGACAUGGACGUGGACAUGGACGUGGACAUGGACGUGGACGUGGACGUGGACAUAGAUGUGGAUGUGGACAUGGACGUGGACGUGGACGUGGACGUGGACGUGGACAUGGACGUGAACAUGGUCGUGGACGUGGACGUGGACAUGGACGUGGACGUGGACGUGGUCGUGGACAUGGUCGUGGACGUGGACGUGGACGUGGACAUGGACGUGGACGUGGACGUGGACGUGGAUGUGGUCGUGGACGUGGACCUGGUCGUGGACGUGGAUGUGGACGUGGUUGUGGACGUGGAUGUGGAUGUGGACGUGGACGUGGUCGUGAAUGUGGAGGUUGACGUGGACGUGGACGUGAACGUGGACAUGGUCGUGGACGUGGACGUGGACGUGGACAUGGACGUGGACGUGGACGUGGUCGUGGUCGUGGACGUGGACAUGGUCGUGGACGUGGACGUGGACGUGGACGAGGAUGUGGACGUGGACGUGGACGUGGACGUGGUCGUGGACGUGGACAUGGACAUGGACAUGGACAUGGACAUGGACAGGGACGUGGACAUGGACGUGGACGUGGACGUGGACAUGGACGUGGACAUGGACGUGGACGUGGAUGUGGACGUCGACAUGGACGUGGACAUGGACGUGGACGUGGACGUGGACAUGGACGUGGACGUGGACGUGGACGUGGUCGUGGACGUGGACAUGGUCGUGGACGUGGAGGUAGACGUGGACGUGGAUGUGGACGUGGACGUGGACGUGGAUGUUGACGUGGGACGUGGUCCUGGACGUGGAAGACUUGGACGUGGACAUGGACGUGGACGUGGACGUGGACGUGGUCGUGGACGUGGACAUGGUCGUGGACGUGGACGUGGACGUGGACAUGGACGUGGAUGUGGACGUGGACGUGAUCGUGGACGUGGACAUGGACAUGGACGUUGA